GACCAAAUGGGGCAAAUGGCCAAGGCGGGAUCCCGGGGCUUCCUGGGAUGGGCCCUGGAAGUUCGAGCAUUGGAACUGCCACCUUAAAUCAGACCAUCGACAUCUGCAAGCACUUCACCAACCUGUGUCUGAAUGGGCGCUGCAUCCCCACUCCCUCCAGCUACCGCUGCGAAUGCAACAUGGGAUACAAGCAGGACGUGCGUGGCGAGUGCAUUGAUGUGGAUGAAUGUUCCAGCAGCCCCUGCGUGCACGGCGACUGUGUGAACACACCUGGCUCCUACCACUGCAAGUGCCAUGAGGGCUUCCAGAGCACCCCCACCAAGCAGGCCUGUAUCGACGUUGACGAGUGCAUCAUGAAUGGUGUGAUGUGCAGGAACGGCCGGUGCGUUAACACCGACGGCAGCUUCCAGUGCAUCUGCAACGCGGGCUUCGAAAUCACCCCCGAUGGCAAGAACUGUGUCGAUCAUGAUGAAUGUGCCACAACCAACAUGUGCCUCAAUGGGAUGUGUAUCAAUGAAGACGGCAGCUUCAAAUGCAUCUGUAAACCCGGCUUUGUGCUGGCUCCCAAUGGGCGCUACUGCGUCGACAUUGACGAGUGCGAGACCCCGGGCAUCUGCAUGAACGGCUGGUGCAUUAACACGGAGGGCUCCUUUCGCUGCGAGUGCCUGGGUGGCCUGGCUAUUGGCGUGGAUGGGCGGGUGUGCGUGGACACCCACAUGCGCAGCACCUGCUACGGAGGCAUUAAGAAGGGCACCUGUGCCCGUCCCUUUCCAGGAGCAGUCACCAAGUCUGAAUGCUGCUGUGCUAACCCCGACCAUGCCUUCGGAGAGCCCUGCCAGCCCUGCCCAGCCAAAAACUCCGCCGAAUUCCAGGCACUCUGCAGCAGUGGUAUUGGAAUAACAGCUGAUGGCAGAGAUAUCAAUGAGUGCGCCCUCAACCCGGACAUCUGCCCCAACGGCAUGUGCGAGAACCUGCGCGGGAGCUACCGCUGCAUCUGCAACCUGGGCUAUGAGUCAGAUCCCACGGGCAAGAACUGCGUGGAUGUUGAUGAGUGCGCCGUCAAUCGUUUGCUCUGUGACAAUGGCCUGUGCCGUAACACGCCCGGCAGCUACACGUGCACCUGCCCCAAGGGCUUUGUCUUCAGGACAGAGACAGACACCUGUGAAGAUAUCAAUGAGUGCACGUCCAACCCCUGUGUGAACGGGGUCUGCAGGAACAAUGCCGGCUCCUUUGUCUGCGAGUGCUCCCCGGGCAGCAAACUGGACCCCAGUGGCACCAUCUGUGUGGACAGCAUGAAGGGAACAUGCUGGCUGAACAUCCAGGACGGGCGUUGUGAGGUGAACAUUAACGGGGCCACACUGAAGUCGGAGUGCUGUGCCACACUGGGAGCAGCCUGGGGCAGCCCCUGCGAGCGCUGUGAGAUCGAUACCACCUGCCCCCGAGGGUUUGCCAGGAUGAAGGGGGUCACAUGUGAAGAUGUGAAUGAGUGUGAUGUCUUCCCCAGCGUCUGCCCCAACGGGCGCUGUAUGAACACGGCCGGCUCCUUCCGCUGCGAGUGUCUUGAAGGGCUGACCCUUGAUGGGACUGGCAGGACAUGUGUGGAUGUACGUGCGGAGCAGUGCUACAUGAAGUGGGAUGAGGAUGAGUGCACGGCGCCCCUGCCCGGGAAGUACCGGAUCGACAUGUGCUGCUGCUCUGUGGGCUCAGCCUGGGGCAGCGACUGCGAAGAGUGCCCCAGAGCCGGCAGCAGUGAGUACAAGGCCAUCUGCCCCAGGGGCCCUGGCUUUGCCAACAGAGGGGAUGUGCUCUCAGGCAGACCCUUCUACAAAGAUGUGAACGAGUGUAAGGUCUUUUCCGGCCUCUGCGCUCACGGGACCUGUCGGAACACCAUUGGCAGCUUCCGGUGCCUCUGCGGCAAUGGCUUCGCCUUGGAUGCAGAGGAAAGAAACUGCACGGAUAUUGAUGAGUGCCGCAUCUCACCGGACCUGUGUGGCCACGGCACCUGCGUCAACACCCCGGGCAGCUUCGAGUGCGAGUGCUUUGAGGGCUACGAAAGCGGCUUCAUGAUGAUGAAGAACUGCAUGGACAUCGACGAGUGCGAGCGGGACCCACUGCUGUGCCGUGGAGGGAUCUGUGUCAAUACUGAGGGCAGCUUCGAGUGCAUCUGCCCCCCAGGUCACGAGCUGAGCGCAGAAGGCAAUGCCUGCGUCGAUAUCAAUGAAUGCUCCCUCAGCGACAGCCUGUGCCGCAACGGGCACUGCGUCAACGUCAUCGGCACCUACCAGUGCGCCUGUGACUCUGGCUUCCAGGGCACUCCGGACAGGCAGGGCUGCGUCGAUAUUGAUGAGUGCACCAUCAUGAACGGCGGCUGCGACACGCACUGCACCAACUCGGAAGGCAGCUACCAGUGCAGCUGCAGUGAAGGCUACGCGCUCAUGCCGGACAAGAGGUCGUGUACAGAUAUCGAUGAGUGCGAGGACAACCCAGAGAUUUGCGAUGGUGGCCAGUGCACCAACAUCCCGGGGGAGUACCGCUGCCUCUGCUUUGACGGAUUCAUGGCCUCCCUGGACAUGAAGACGUGCAUCGAUGUGAACGAGUGUGACCUGAACCCCAACAUCUGCCUGCACGGCGAGUGCGAGAACACCAAGGGUUCCUUCAUCUGCCACUGCCAGCUCGGCUACUUCGUCAAGAAGGGGACGACAGGCUGCACAGAUAUCAAUGAGUGUGAGAUCGGUGCUCACAACUGUGACAUGCACGCCUCCUGCAUCAACGUGCCCGGCAGCUUCAAGUGCAAGUGCCGCACGGGCUGGCUUGGAGAUGGGCUGAAAUGCAAUGACCUGGAUGAAUGUGCCACUGAAGAGCACAAGUGCAACCUGAAUGCCAAUUGCGUGAACACACCUGGCUCCUACCGCUGCGCCUGCCGAGAGGGCUUCUCCGGCGACGGCUUUUUCUGCUCAGAUGUGGACGAAUGUGCGGACAACGUGAACCUGUGUGAGAACGGGCAGUGCCUGAACGCGCCUGGGGGCUACCGCUGCGAGUGCGAGAUGGGCUUCAACCCCACGGAGGACAGCAGGGCCUGCCAGGACAUUGACGAAUGCACCUUCCAGAACAUCUGUGUCUUCGGGAGCUGCCAAAACCUGCCUGGGAUGUUCCGCUGUGCCUGUGAUGAUGGCUAUGAGCUCGACAGGAGCGGCGGCAACUGCACAGACGUCAACGAGUGCGCGGACCCCGUGAACUGCAUCAAUGGGCUGUGCGUCAACACCCCGGGCAGCUACCUGUGCAACUGCCCCCAGGACUUCGAGCUGAACCCCACGGGAGUGGGCUGUGUGGACACCCGCGUUGGGAACUGUUUCCUGGACACUCAGGACCGCGGGGAUGGUGGGAUCUCGUGCAGCGCUGAAAUCGGAGUAGGCGUCACUCGGGCCUCCUGCUGCUGCUCACUGGGCCGUGCCUGGGGGAACCCCUGUGAGCUCUGCCCUCCAGCCAACACAACUGAGUACAAGACCCUGUGCCCCGGAGGAGAAGGCUUCAGGCCCAACCCCAUCACAGUCAUCCUGGAGGAUAUCGACGAGUGCCAGGAGCUGCCAGGCCUCUGCCAGGGGGGCAACUGUGUGAACACUUUUGGCAGCUUCCAGUGUGAGUGCCCCCUGGGCUACUACCUCAACGAGGACACACGCAUCUGUGAAGAUAUUGACGAGUGCUCUGCCCACAUCGGGAUCUGUGGCCCUGGGACUUGCUACAACACCCUGGGCAACUACACCUGUGUGUGCCCCCCUGAGUACAUGCAGGUCAACGGAGGAAACAACUGCAUGGACAUGAGGAAGAGCGUGUGCUACCGCAACUACAACGACACCUGUGAGAACGAGCUCGCCUUCAACAUGACCAAGAAGAUGUGCUGCUGCUCCUACAACAUCGGCAAGGCCUGGAACAAACCCUGCGAGCCCUGCCCCACUCCCGCCAGCCCUGAGUACCAGAUCCUAUGUGGGAACCAGGCCCCUGGCUUUAUCAUCGACAUUCACACAGGGAAGCCAAUCGAUAUUGACGAGUGCAGUGAGAUCCCUGCUAUCUGCAGCAAUGGCGUCUGCAUCAACCAGAUCGGAUCCUUCCGGUGCGAGUGCCCCAUCGGUUUCAGCUACAACAACAUUCUGCUCAUCUGCGAAGACAUUGAUGAGUGCAGCAGCGGGGAGAACCUUUGCCAGCGCAAUGCUGAUUGCAUCAACAUCCCGGGCAGUUACAGGUGUGAAUGCUCAACCGGAUACAAGCUGUCACCUAGCGGAGCCUGUGUGGGUCGCAAUGAAUGCCAGGAAAUCCCCAAUGUCUGCAGCCACGGGGAUUGUGUGGACACCGAGGGCAGCUAUAUCUGCAUCUGUCACAACGGGUUCAAGGCCACAGGAGAGCAGACCAUGUGCAUGGAUAUUGAUGAAUGUGACCGGCAGCCCUGUGGGAACGGCACCUGCAAGAAUACAGUCGGCUCCUACAACUGCCUGUGCUUCCCUGGCUUCGAGCUGACGCACAAUAAUGACUGCAUGGACAUUGACGAGUGCUCCUCCCUGGGGGGGCAGGUGUGCCGGAAUGGCCAGUGUAUAAACAGCAUUGGCUCCUUCCAGUGCCUGUGCCAGGAAGGGUAUGACCGGACCCUGGAUGGGAAGAACUGUGUCGACAUCAAUGAGUGUGUGAGCCUGCCUGGAACCUGCUCUCCGGGGACAUGUCAGAACCUGGAAGGCUCUUUCCGCUGCAUCUGCCCCCCGGGGUACGAAGUGCAGAAUGACAACUGCAUCGAUAUCAACGAGUGUGAGGAAGAGCCCAACAUCUGCCUGUUUGGUACCUGCACCAACACCCCUGGCAGCUUCCAGUGCAUCUGCCCCCCCGGCUUCGUCCUGUCCGACAACGGCCGCAGGUGCUUUGACACCCGCCAGAGCUUCUGCUUCACCCGCUUCGACAAUGGCAAGUGCUCUGUCCCCAAGGCCUUCAACACCACCAAAGCUCGCUGCUGCUGCAGCAAGAUGCCUGGAGAGGGCUGGGGCGACCCCUGUGAGCUGUGCCCCCAGGAAGGAAACGUUGCCUUCCAGGAGCUGUGCCCGUACGGCCAUGGGGCUAUCCCCGGCCCAGGCGAUACCCGGGAAGAUGUGAACGAGUGUGCCGAGAACCUCGGGAUCUGCAUCAACGGGGCUUGUAUUAACACUGAUGGCUCCUUCCGCUGCGAAUGUCCCUUUGGCUACAAUUUGGAUUACACCGGAGUCAACUGUGUGGAUACCGAUGAAUGCUCCAUUGGCAACCCAUGUGGGAAUGGGACCUGCACCAACGUGGUGGGAGGCUUCGAGUGCACCUGCGACGAGGGAUUUGAGCCAGGGCCCAUGAUGACCUGUGAAGAUAUCAACGAGUGCGCGCUGAACCCCCUGCUCUGCGCCUUCCGCUGCAUCAACACCUUCGGUUCCUACGAGUGCACCUGCCCCUCGGGAUACACCCUCCGGGAAGACAGGAGAAUGUGCAAAGAUCUGGACGAGUGCACAGAAGGCCUCCAUGACUGCGAGUCUCGAGGGAUGAUGUGCAAGAACCUCAUUGGUACCUUCAUGUGCAUCUGCCCCCCAGGAAUGCAGCGCAGACCCGACGGAGAGGGCUGUACAGAUGAGAACGAAUGCCGCACCAAGCCGGGGAUCUGCCCCAACGGCCGCUGUGUUAACAACGUGGGCAGCUAUCGGUGUGACUGCAAUGAAGGCUUCCAAGCCAGCGCCUCAGGCACCGAAUGCAUCGACACCCGCCAGGGAUUCUGCUUCACUGAAGUGCUGCAGACCAUGUGCCAGGUGUCCUCCACCAACCGCAAUCCGGUCACCAAGUCUGAGUGCUGCUGCAAUGGUGCCCGCGGCUGGGGGACCCAGUGUGAGCUCUGCCCACUCCCAGGAACCACCCAGCACAAAAAGAUGUGUCCACAUGGGCCUGGGUACACCACUGAUGGGCAAGACAUCGAUGAGUGCAAGGUGCUGCCCAGCCUCUGCAGAAAUGGACAGUGCAUCAACAGCAUCGGCUCCUUCCGCUGCCACUGCAAACUGGGCUACACCACCGACAUCACCAGCACAGCCUGCGUGGAUCUGGAUGAGUGUAACCAGUCUCCUAAGCCAUGUAACUUCAUCUGCAAGAACACAGAGGGCAGCUACCAGUGCUCCUGCCCCAGGGGGUACAUCCUCCAGGAGGACGGAAAGACCUGCAAAGACUUGGAUGAAUGCUCCACCAAGCAGCACAAUUGCCAGUUCCUGUGUGUGAAUGUCAUCGGCGGGUUCAACUGUAAAUGCCCCCCUGGAUUCACUCAGCACCACUCCUCCUGCAUCGACAAUAACGAGUGUACAGCCCAGCCCACGCUGUGUGGAGCCAAAGGCCAGUGUCAGAACACGCCAGGCAGCUAUAACUGUGAAUGCCAGAAAGGAUUCUCCCUGGACAGCUCUGGUAUCAACUGUGAAGAUGUGGAUGAGUGCAACGGGAACCAUCGCUGCCAGCAUGGCUGUCAGAAUGUCCUUGGAGGCUACCGCUGUGGCUGUCCUCAGGGCUAUGUGCAGCAUUACCAGUGGAACCAGUGUGUGGAUGAAAACGAGUGCUCCAGCCCCUCUGCCUGCGGCUCCGCCUCCUGCUACAACACUCUGGGCAGCUUCAAGUGCGUCUGUCCGUCUGGCUUCGACUUCGACCAGGCCUUCGGCGGGUGCCAGGAUGUGGACGAGUGCUCAGCCGGUGGCAGCCCCUGCAGCUACGGCUGCUCCAACACCGAUGGGGGCUACCUGUGCGGCUGCCCUGGGGGAUACUUCCGAGCUGGACAAGGGCACUGUAUUUCUGGACUCAGCUUCGGCAAAGGCUCCUACCUGCCUGCCCCUCCAGAGGAGGAUGAGGAGAACCUGCUCUCCCCCGAGACCUGCUAUGAGUGCAAGAUAAAUGGCUACCCCAAGCGAGGCCGGCAGCGCCGCAGCAUCAACAGGACUGAGGAGCACCAGGCCGAGCCCUCAGUGAGUCUGGCCAGCAUGGAUAUUGAUGCUCCCCUGUCCAUGAGCCUGAACCUCUCGGCCCUGGACCACAAGGAGCACAUCCUGGAGCUGCUGCCGGCUGUGGAGCCCCUCAAAAACCAUGUGCGCUAUGUGGUCUCUCAUGGCAACGAGGACGGCUACUUCCGCAUCCACCAGAAAGAAGGACUCAGCUACCUGCACCUCGGCCGCAAGAAGAUCGUGCCUGGCACCUACCUGCUGGAGAUCGUGAGCGUGCCCCUGUAUCGCAAAAAGGAACUGCAGAAACUGGAGGCCAAGAACGACCUCAACUACUUGGCAGGGGAGCUUGGCCAAGCACUCAGGAUGAGGCUUCAGCUCCAGCUUUACUAGCCACCAUGAGAACCAGCCAGCCACCCAGCCAGCCACAGCCCAGUUCUUAGCAGCGCCACCCACACCUGGAAACAAACCCCUUUGCUAUCGCCACACCCCUGUGCCAUCGCCACACCCCUGUGCCAGCACCUCGCCGGCCACGCUGUCCAACUGCUGGGAAAUGUGCCCCUGGACUCAGCACUGGGCCUGGGCAGCUAAGGGCCACUCUGCUUCACAGAGCACCUGUGUUACGCACCAAGCAACCCCCCAAAAGAGCUUGUUAAAUCUUCGUCCAUGGUUUGAAAUCCUGUUGUCUGGAGCUGUGUCUCCCUCUGUGCUCUCAUCCCCUGCAAUGGGCGGCCCUGUCCUCUUCCCUUAAACAUGACACUGUUAGUCUGAGCUGACAAAGAUUUUCCCAUUGAAACCUCCCUGUCUUCCAAGGCCAGGGGCCGUUCGCCAUCCACAAGCUAGGAGAUGGGCGGUAGCUGAGGACAGAGC